AUGAACCGCCUCUUCGGUAGCGCCCCCAAGGGCCCCAAGCCGACCCUCAACUCGGCGAUUGGCAACCUCGACACGCGGAUCGGCGGCUUCGACGUAAAGAUCGCCUCGCUCAACGCCGAGCUCGGCACGUACCAAGGGAAGAUGGCCAAGAUGCGCGAUGGCCCCGGCAAGAACGCGCUGAAGCAAAAGGCCCUCAAGGUCCUGCAGCGGCGGAAGCAGUACGAGGCCCAGCGCGACCAGCUGCAGAGCCAGGUGUGGAACAUGGAGCAGGCGCAGACGAUGCAGGACAACCUGGCGGGCGUCAUGACGACCGUCGACGCGAUGAAGACGACGCAGAAGGAGCUGCGCAAGCAGUACGGCAAGGUCGACCUCGACAAGAUUGAGCGCAUGCAGGACGAGAUGGCGGACCUCAUGGACGUGGGCAACGAGAUCCAGGAGACGCUCAGCAGGGGCUACGAGGUCCCCGAAGACGUCGACGAGGCCGAGCUCGACGCCGAGCUCGAGAUGCUGGGCGCCGAGAUGGAGAUGGAGGGCGCCGGCAUGGAGGGGGCCGGGAGCGACCUCGCCUUCUUGAAGGACGAGGUGCCCGAGUUUAUCGACGAGCCGCCGGAGACAGCGGGCAAGGUCCAGGAGGCGGCGAGGUAG